UCAAAGUUAAAGAUCACAUUUUGAUUCUGUUAUUCAGAAAUAAUGAGUCAGUUUUAAGGAUUAUAGCCAUGUAAUUUAUGCAUACGUACACAAAAGAAAGUAUUGUAGGUAUACUUCCGAAUAAGUAUACUAAAAUAAAUAAAUUGCUUUAACUGCUUGGAAAAAGGCUCCAAAGAUAUUAAUUGUUCUAUUCAUGAUACUGUUCCCUCAAAACAAUAGUGAAACCAUAAGUAAUGCUAGGGAAGAAAUAUGUACUUAUAACAAGUACUUAUGAAGGCCCUGUCAGUAGUUUUACUGAGGAUACAAUUAUUGGUAUUUCCCAGUGUACAUAUUAAGAAGUGGACGACAGUUAAAGGAAAUAAUAUUGCUGUUACUUCCCAAUUCUGUAAAUAUAUAUAUUUGAAAUUUGAAGUUGAUAGAAUGGUUUGGAAGUUGGCUAAGCACAAUUACUAAACUUAAAUAUAAUAGAGUUCAUAACUGCAUAGGUUGUUUGUUCAUUCUAAGACAUUUAUAGUUCUGGAUUCCAAAUAGAAGAUGAAAUAAAAUCUGUUCAUGAAGUGAUGGAAAUUAAAUAAUGAAUCGAAAGAAGAAUGGAGGGUGAAAGUAAACAUUAAUAUAAAUCAAGAUCUGUUUAAGGUUUGCUCAUGUAAAUUUACAGAAGAAAGGAUGCUUUAUAAACUUGCCAAAUGAGUAAAGCGUUAUUAACCACGACUCCUCUUUCACAAGCUAAACUUCUCUGCUUAGUGGAGACGCAGGAUUCUUACUGUAACACAUUUGGUCCUAAGGGUUAUGAUGAUGGUGCAGGAAACAAGCAAGACUUGUUGGCGACCGUAUAUUGUCGAUGAUGACAGGUGCCCCCGCCGCUGCACUCUGCUUACCGCCACCCCCCUCACUAACGGGUCACUGUCUUUUCUUGGGCCCGCUCUCUCACAGGCCGGUGUUUUCCAGGACACAGGAAACUUUAGCAUUUUCCCCGGUCAAGGCCAUUGGACUGCCAGAGAGGAGGUCAGAUUGCUGGACGCCAUUGAGCAGUAUGGGUACGGUAACUGGGAGGACAUUGCGCGCCAUAUCGAGACUCGCACUCCGGAUGAGGCAAGAAAUAAGUACAUCAGCAGUUACAUAGAUGGCGCUAUUGGGCGAGCCUCCUGGAAGCCAGCGUUAGAAAGAUUGCAGCUCCCCAUUGAGCACACAGUCCCUGACACAGGACCACUCUCGCCUACUCUAGGGUCUUCACUACCCUCCCAGCCACCCUCCACCGAGGAGAACACCAUACUUGGAUACAUGCCACACAGAGAUGAUUUUGAGAGGGAAUGGGAUAAUGAUGCAGAAACAACGAUAGCACCAUUAUUCAUUCACCCAGUUGAUGAUGAAGAUGUGGAUAUGGCUCUCAAACUUGCACAGGUUGAUAUGUACAUGCGCCGUCUUCGUGAAAGAUCGAGAAGAAAAAGGGUAGUUAGAGAUUUCCAGGUUGUUCCACAAUUCUUCAAGAAGGAAAGAGAAAAAGCCCAAGUUCCACCAAAAAAGAAAAGCAAAGAUGAUAAAGAGGCAGUAGCAGAAAAACUUAGAACAAUUAGCCAGUUUCAGACAGCAAGUGAACACAAUAAUCUUAUAAACUCCAUUGUCCGAGAGAGAGAGUUAAGAACAAGGAUAAGAGAGUUACUAAGAUAUCGUCGUAAUGGAAUUAGACAUGUGGAAGAAUGCCAUGAGUUUGAGGUAGCAAGGUCGCGAAGAGACAGGAAAAAAGAAAAUAAAAAGAAAGGUCCGAGUAUUCACAACUUUGCCUUUCAUGCAGGCCAGCCUGCCUCAGAUUCCGACUCAAAUGGACCUCACCGCAAAGUCAAAAGAUGUAUGCAUGCAUGCAUUCACAAAUUCAGAUGAUGACCAUGCAUGCAU